AUGCCUUCCAAGCUCACCUUCCAGAUCGCCCACCCCCUGCCGCCGUGGGUCUCGCCGGACGACGUCCUCGCGGCCCUGCACUCGUACGAGCCCCUCAUCACGCCCAACCCGUACCUCGUCUCCUUCGCGCGGCGGCCCGUCCAGAUCGACGAGAUCGUCAGCGACCCCUUCUUCCGCGACGACGGCCGCCAGCUGGUCGCCUACGAGGUGCGCGACCGCGUGCCCCUCGUGCCCGGCCUCGCCCACAAGUCCGUCACCAUCCCCUGCGUCAUGCAGAGCUUCGACGGCGGCGUGCGCUGCCGCAGCCUCGCCCAGGCCGGCGUCAAGGUCUGGAGCACCUGGACCCUGCGCCUGCAGGAGCAGCGGCCCUCGCGCGACCGCAGGGACAGGGACGCCGCCGGCACGGGGUCCGACAGCGACUCGGUGGGGCCGGCCAAGACCACGGCGGUCGGCAUGGCCGCCGGCUGGGAGCUGGUCGAGGAGGCCAGGGUCGAGUGCAGCCCGCUCGUGAAGCCGUUUGUCACCAAGAGCUUCGAGGCCGGGCACAGGGAGAUCCUGCGCAAGGUCAUCGAGGGCGUGGCGCAGCGGAGCGCCGAGAGCCAGGCCGAGCUGCUGCGGCAGCGCAGGCUGAGCCAGAGCUUCCAGGAGGACAGGGCGUUUCACAGCAACCCCAUAGUGUCCUCAUGA